UUUUUUGUGGUCCACCCGAAAUUUAUCUGGGGGUUGCGUUGUUCAAAUAUCUUAGGGUAUGCAGCGGUGCUGUAAGAUAAUCUAACACUGAUAGUUAUUAUAUAAAUGGUGAAACAACAACAGCUUUGAUCAUUCAAAUUCAGCCAUGUAACAUCGAUAAGUGACUAAAUAAUAUUCUUGAAGUACCUAACAGAUAGAAUUUGAAGCAGUACCCCCCUUUGGUUUGACAAGAUGUGGAUGCAUUAUGCAUCAUUGCGUUGGCCUGAUUCAAAGGAUCUACGUACAGCUAUCAUGAGAUUAGUGUGCCAGUUAACGGAUUUGAUGCAUGUCGCUGAACAUUCAACAAACUACGACAUGAAUAUUUGUUGGGAUGAUAACGAGGUUGAAAGGAUCAGGAGACUAAUUCAGAAAUACGAGGAAGGGCAGAAGUUGUGUGCGCAGUAUCUACAAGAAGAUUGUACUAUUGAGCAGCUUUGUAGUGAUAUGAUUAAUUAUAACCUUAGAUGAUU